CCGGCAGCGCUAACGUUGGUCAAAGCGCCCGCGCGGCGCAACCUUUCGACCGGUUGCUUUUCCGAAGGCAACGGACGUGACGCGUGGGGCAGUUCCGCCGUCGUGCUGCUCGACGUCGAGAUUCCCCCCCCUUUUUUUCUUCUUUUUUUCUGUUUUUCCAUGACGUCAGGGCAAGGGUGAACACGAAACAUGGCGGAGUGCCCCUUAGCCCGCUGUGCGCAAGAGCGACGCGCCUUUCGAAAGGAAUUUCAACGAUGGAGUCGGGAUAUGCUGUUUGUCAUCGGCUUGGAGCGCGUGGCCGAGGAAAUGAUGGGCUCCAAGCGGUGGAACCGGAUGACACAGCUCGAAAACGCCUUGGAGGAGCAGUUGCAGCUCGUCGACUGGGUGCCGGACCAAGUGUGCCACUUCUGCGACGCGCAGCGCUUGCCGGAGCCUCCCGGACCACCGAGCGACUAUACUAGCUUUAAGAGUUUGGACCUUGACGAACAGUCGACAGGUUCUGAUCAGGCUUCAGGGUCGCCUGAGCCACCGGUCAACAACGACGAGCAACCGCUGGACCUGAGCUUGCACCCCAGGGCCACCAAUGACGAGGAGGAGCGCACGCUCGGGCGCCCUGCCCGGCCAGAGGGGGCCAAGCGGUCGUACACAGAGGCCGAGCUUCAGGCAGCCCUGCGUGACAUCCAGAGUGGCAAACUGGGCACGCGUCGCGCUGCAGUCAUCUACGGCAUACCCCGCUCCACUCUGCGCAACAAGGUCUACAAGCUGGCCCUGGAGCGACGCAAUGGUGCAGCGGCAGCCACCACCACGAGCAGCAGCCCCCCCCCUGACUCAUUGCGCCAGCUGCUGUGUACCCCAGCCAAGCAGCCACUGGAGCACAGCCCAGCCCUGGGGCCCCUCUUUGCCCAGUUCCUGUCGAGCAUCCAGCAACUGGCGCUGCACCAGACGUCCGAGGAGGAGGAGCAGGUGCCCAAGGCACCUGCGCUGCCAGUUGUGUCGGACCUUAUCCGUCUGCUGGCACAAGAGCGGCUGGCAGAUGCGCGCCGUCCCGCCCCCACGGACGUCAUCCUCAAGGUGCCCUCGUACCGGCCAGCCGUGCCCCCCGCCACCCCUGCCGCUGCCGCCUCGAGCAGUUCGUCGGAGGCUGCCGCCGGACCCCCAACCGAGGAAAAGCGCACACGGCCCAAGCGGGGCCGCUACCGCAACUAUGACCGUGACCACCUCAUUCAGGCGGUGCUUGCUGUGCAGCGGGGUGAGAUGAGCGUACACCGUGCAGGCACCUACUUUGGUGUCCCACACUCUACGCUCGAAUACAAGGUCAAGGAGCGCCAUCUGCUGCGGCCCAAGAAGCGGCGCCAACCAGACGGUCUGCUUGAGGCGCUCAUCAAGUCCACGCUGGACAAGUGACCGGCGCCUGGCCGGAAAGCGUCCCUCAUGAUAAGCUAGUCUACUCUGUGAUGACCACGGUGAGAGAGAGAGUAUUUUAUAUUGGACUGCUGUUGGGCCGACUGUGAUGACGGCGCUUUCCGGAUCUCGUGCCUCGGGGCCCAAUUGUGGGUCCCUGCCAAGUGCCUGCCCGGUGUACUUAGAGAAAGACUAUUUUUCCACGCAGAGUAUUUUUCGCAUAAUUUGGGCUGGGCGGCCAGUGGACUUAACCGCACUGCCAUACAGCGCCCGGCGCCCAUUCCACACUUAGUGCAAAACCUUGUUGAGUUGGUCCCGCUGACCCUACACAGCGGUGACUAGGUCAUCUUUGUUGUCGCUUUUUUAUCAUAUGUUUUAUGUUUACUGUUUUGUUGAUUUGUCAGAGAUUUCAUCUUUUUUUCUAUUGAGGAUAUCUACAUGUCAAUGUAUUUUUGAGAUCCCUGAAGUGAGAGACUUAUGGCGGCGUUUUCCCUGUCUCUGUGGCAGACACCACUGUACAAAAAAGGAGUUAAGGCCAAAUGAUUUGCUGUUUGACUGGAUGAGCAUUCCACCUGUUAAUCCUUGAGUGAGCAAGUCUGUAUUAAGGAGACAACAAUGAUUAAACCACGUGAUUUUUUCCCCGUU